ACCAACUUUAGCCAGCUUGCUAACAUGUAAUUCAGUGUAUGUGGUUGAACGGCACAUACGGCACUUUUCCUGGAAUUAAAUGCACCAUAUCACAUUUCUAUUCAUACAACAAGGCAACUGAAAUAAUUGUCUUGAUGUUUGCUACUGCGUGUGUCUCCGUUACCGCCACCAGGACCUGUCCAGUUAGCCAGAACGCAGAAAUUGGUGUAUAACGAACCUGGCGAGCUAGCCGAGCCGAGCCCGUUCGUUUGGACUGGGUUUGAACAGGUUUCGUCGCCCAAGAAGGACAAGCAAAGCCGGAUGCUGUGACUACCAUGAGUCCCGCAGGCUGCCCCCAUGUCAACAGCUUCAAAGUGGACAACUGGAAGCAGAACCUGAGGGUUAUUUAUCAGUGUUUUGUGUGGAGCGGCUCGGCGGAGACCAGAAAACGCAAGGCCAAGUCAUGCAUCUGCCACAUGUGCGGGGCCCACCUCAACAGACUCCACUCCUGCCUCUACUGCGUCUUCUUCGCCUGCUUUGCCAAAAAACACAUCCACGAACACGCCAAGAGCAAAAGGCAUAACCUAGCUAUUGACCUGCUGUACGGGGGAAUUUACUGCUUCAUGUGCCAAGACUACAUUUACGACAAAGACAUGGAACAGAUUGCCAAAGAGGAACAAAGGAAAGCCUGGAAAAUGCAAGGCAUAGGGGAGAAGUACUCGACGUGGGAGCCCACCAAGAGGGAGCUGGAGCUGCUCCGCCACAACCCCAAGAGGAGGAGAAUCACCUCCAACUGUACAAUUGGCCUGCGUGGUCUGAUAAACCUGGGCAACACAUGUUUCAUGAACUGCAUCGUCCAGGCGCUGACGCACACCCCGCUGCUGCGCGACUUCUUCCUGUCCGACCGGCACAAAUGCGAGAUGCAGAGCAACUCCUGCCUGGUGUGCGAGAUGUCUCAACUCUUCCAGGAAUUCUACUCAGGCCAUCGCUCGCCACACAUCCCGUUCCGCCUCCUCCACCUGGUGUGGACUCACGCCCGUCACCUGGCCGGCUACGAACAGCAAGACGCUCAUGAGUUCCUCAUCGCAGCUCUGGACGUCCUGCACAGACACUGCAAAGAUGACAACGGGAAGAAAGCCAACAACCCGAACCACUGUAACUGCAUCAUCGACCAAAUCUUCACAGGGGGCCUGCAGUCUGACGUCACCUGUCAAGUCUGCCACGGUGUCUCAACGACCAUAGACCCCUUCUGGGACAUCAGCUUGGACCUUCCAGGCUCCUCCACCCCCUUCUGGCCCCUCAGCCCUGGAGGAGACGGUUCAGCACUUAACGGAGAGAGUCACGCCACUGGAGCCACAACGCUCACAGACUGUCUGCGCAGGUUCACCAGACCAGAGCACCUUGGCAGCAGCGCUAAGAUCAAGUGCAGUGGUUGCCAUAGUUACCAGGAGUCCACCAAGCAGCUGACCAUGAAGAAGCUGCCCAUCGUGGCCUGCUUUCACCUGAAAAGGUUUGAGCAUUCAGCCAAACUACGGAGGAAGAUCACAACCUAUGUCUCCUUCCCUUUGGAGCUGGACAUGACCCCCUUCAUGGCCUCAAGUAAAGAGAGCAGGAUGAACGGACAGUACCAGCAGACCGUGGACCCCUUCAACAAUGACAACAAGUACAGCCUGUUUGCUGUAGUCAACCACCAGGGGACACUAGAGAGCGGCCAUUACACCACCUUCAUCCGGCAGCACAAGGACCAGUGGUUCAAAUGUGAUGACGCCAUCAUCACAAAGGCCAGCAUCAAGGACGUCCUGGACAGCGAAGGGUACCUUUUGUUUUACCACAAACAGUUCCUGGAGUACGAAUAGUCUCCCCCCCCCCCCCCCCCCCCCUUUCCUCCACUUCCUCUUCCCUCCACAUCAGCACAUCCGCAGGAGGAGAUGAGGAGAUGAUGCAAGGAUUAUGUGCAUGGAAAUAAAAAAAGAAUGCAACAGAGUGAUGGGAGAGAUGCAAGAAAGCAGAACACACAAGUCUCACCUCUCAUAUUAAUAUAAUUCCACACAACAAACUGUCUGCUGUGCAGGAGAGCGCUAAAAACAAAUGCAAGAACCUUCAAGAAGACAUUUAGAAAGGGAGAUUUGUGGAAACCCUGAAGGAAUAAUACUUGCAAAAUCUUUUCACUGGAAUUCAGGAUUUACAGAAGAAAGCAAUGGUGAUACAUAUAAUCUGCUAUAAGUACACAAGCCAAAACAGGCUGCACUUGAAGGUAAUAACUGAAUCGUGGACAGCGUAGCGUUGUAUCCCUUCUUUGCUUUCUCUUUUUUUUUCAGACACAGACAGAAGGGCAGAAGGCUUUUCUUUUCUUCUUUUUUUUUUUUUGGAAACCUUAGUUUAUCUGGGGACAGUUUACUUGAUCACACAUAUGCUGUUCUUCACCGACGGCCUGCUUCGUGCUCACACAGCUGCAAAUAUAUGAACCCCCACGAGGGGUUUAAAAAAUAAAAAAUAUUCAAAUUCAACUUUCUCUGGGACACCAGCACACUCGUCCAACACAUCCACACACGCGCCAAAAUGACCAAAUAUGACAAGACAAGAGUGAGGAAGAAAAAAAAAGAAAUCACAAGACAAAUUAUGUUAUGAGCAUGUAUAGACUAGAGAGACAGUUUAUUUUAUUCACUACUUGUGAGUUUGUGAGUCAAAAACUUUAAAGUACAAGUUUUCUUUAGUUUAAAGGAUCGCCGAUCUGUUAUUUUUUUGCCUCUAUCGCUGCUUCCAACAGUCACAGGGAGGGGAUAAAAAUUAAACAGUGAAUAUUAUAUUUUUAUACAUACUGUAAUUAAAAGGUUUGUUUACGGUUUUUGCAUUCUCCCUGAACUCUCACGUUGUCUGUCCAUGUUAAAUUGUGCUGUCAAUCAUGUUUUUGUUUGGGGUUUGUUGUAUAAGAAAGCUAAAUAGUACUGGUUAUUUUCAUGAGAAUGCUGCUAUGGUGGCUUAAUUUUUAGUUUUUUAAAUUUUCUUUGGCAUGUUUCUUUUCUUUUUAAUCAGUUUUCAGACAGUACAGAGGCAUAUUCUCCAUGUUUAAGAUAUGUUGUCCUGUUGCUGUUUCAGGUAAACGGCCAAAAAAAAGAGAAAAGAAAAGAGGAGGCGUUAUUCUCAAUAUAGAGUGUGUAUAAUGGGUCAGAGGCUCGAUCCUGCAGUGUUAACCUUCGACCGCAUGUUGCUCUAAUUCGGUGUGUUUGUGUGUGUGUGUGUGUGUGUGUAUGUGUGCACCUGAAAGGGGAAUGUUAAAAAAAUAGCUCUGUGUAGGCGUGUUUGUAUAAAAAUGUGUUAAAGCGUGUAAAAACAUUUUUGAAGAUAUAAAAAAAAGUGCGUAUGUGUUGCCGUUUGUAUGCACGUGUGUCGUGCGCGUGCGUAUGUUCCGUAUGUUCAUGUACUGAAUCAGUACUUGCAUUCAGCAUGCCGUCUGAGCUGGGUAUCACAGUUUGAUAGGAUUUUCCUUUUUUGUUUUGUUUGUUUUCCACAUGUUGAUGAUGUAUGUAAAAGUAUAUAUGUACAGUUUGUAUGUAAGAGACAAAAAUGGUGAAACCUCAAAAGUUGGUUCGUUCUUCUGUAUCGUUGGAUCCGGCCACAAGGGGGGAUGGAGGGUGGGUGGUGAGGGAGGGAGGGAGGUCAUAAUAAGAAUCUGAAGAAACUCGUCUUGACCC